UAUUAGAGAUUCUUUCUUACGUAAGACCAGCCGCAAUGGAGGAUUUAAAUGAAUCCUUAGCACAUAAUCCUAAGCAAAUACCAAUACAAUAAUAAUAUAAAACCUAAAUAAGCUAAGGAGCAGUCCCUAAUUAAGGAUUAAAAUCAAUGAAUCCUUGCUGACGUGGUCUUCUUCCUUUUAGCGUUUUUUGAGUUUCUCUCUCUGUGAUUUUUGUUUCUCCGUCACUUUCCUUUGAAGAUGGGAGUAAAUGGUUGGUGGCUUCUCUCCCCUGUCUUAUUCUUCCUGAGACUUCGAUGAUGGCCCUUCUCUCAGCCGUAUCUUCUCUCUUACCUUUCUCUUAUGGGGCAACGAGACUAAGCAGUAAAGCCUCUUUAGCUUCUACAACAUCUGGAUUCAACCUCUCUUCUCUUAGGAACUCCCCGAGAAACUCCCCUCGCUUGUAUGUGUCGAUGGCCAUUGCAAACCUCAGGUGGUUUUGGUUGACCAGUAUGAACGUUUUGUGUUCAAGCCAAUGUUGUAUGAGCUUCUCUCCGGAGCUAGGCUGGUUCUUGCUCUUGGCGCUGAACCUAAGCUUGAUCUUGUUCCCGGCGCAAUGGAGUUUGCUUUGCCGUUUUACACUCUUAACGAUGCUAUUAGGGUGAACGAGAAGCUGAGCAAAUUGGAGAGGAGGAACUUCAAAAACGGCAAUCCCAUUAAAGUAGCUGUCGUUGGGUGCGGUUACGGAGGAGUUGAGUUAGCUGCCACCAUCUCUGUUUUGUCAGUCUCAUUGUCUGAGUUUGGAAACUUUAGUUUUGAUGGGGAAAUUGGUAACGCUCAUUCAUAACAUCAAACUUUGUAAAAGAUUGAGAAAAUCUUCCAUACACAUUUGAUCAUACACAUUUGAUCAUAUUACAUGUUUUAAAUUUUUUUUAAUUAUUA